AUGGACAUGGGAGCGGUGCUAGGUGACCGCGCCAGCCUUCGCGCGUUAACACAAACUAAGGUAUUUGUGAUUCGCGACCUCGACGAGCUCACCACGGAAGACGAGCUGAAGAGUGCCUUGGAGGCCCAGGCAGAGAUCCCUCCAGCAGUCGUGGCUAUCAAAAGCCUUCGGCAAUCGCAGUACGGAGGGAAGACUGCGGUGAUAGCAGUCCCAGCCAAUCUGACGGACCCGCUGAUCAAACGUGGCAAGCUGAGGGUAGGAUGGUCCCAAUGCUUGAUCAAGGAGCUGGAGCCACGCCAAAGAUGCUUCAGAUGCCUGGAAGAAGGCCACAUAGCGGCCCACUGUAGAAGCACCGUGGACAGAAGCCAGUGCUGCUUCAGAUGCGGGACCGCGGGACACAAAGCCGCCGAGUGCCCUAACGAAGCUAAGUGCUUCUUGUGCGCAAACAGAGGUAGCCAAGCGACCAACCACCAAAUGGGCACCCGGAAGUGCCCAUUGGCGGGUAAAGGAGCACCAAAGGCACUGCAAUGA